AUGCGCACCACAACAUUUCCACAUGUUGCUUCCCAGCUUCUAAGAGCCCGCCGACAAACAUCACAUUUCCACAGAUUCUCAACAUUGUCAAAGGUGCUUAGCUAUGCUGAUACUCUGCCAAAUUUGAAGAUUGGCGAACACACCAAGGUUCUUUACCAAGGGUUUACCGCACUGACACCCCAGCUCCUAGGCCGCCAGGCAACUGCAAAUGCCCAAGAGUCAAUUAAAUGGGGAACCAAGAUUGUCGGUGGUGUCAAGCCGGGGGUGGAAGGUGAGCAUCUUGGGCUACCGAUUUUCCCUUCGGUGAGAGUAGCAAAAGAAAAGUCCAAUCCGGAUGCGUCUGCCAUUUAUGUACCAGGAGACCAAACUGCAAAGGCAAUUGAGGAGGCAAUAGAGGCCGAAAUUCCACUUGUUGUCGCUGUUGCAGAACAUGUUCCAGUCCAUGACAUGCUACGGAUCCACUCCAUGCUCCGGACACAGUCCAAGACGAGACUGGUGGGAGCAAACUGUCCAGGUAUAAUAUCAGCAGUCGGAAAAUGCCGAAUAGGAUUUCAGCCCCUACCAUGUUUCUCCCCCGGCAGGAUAGGAAUUGUUGCCAAAUCUGGAACUCUGAGUUACGAGACUGUGGCGUCGACAACUAGAGCUGGCCUGGGUCAAAGUUUGUGCAUUAGCAUGGGAGGGGAUGUUCUGGCUGGAACUACAUUUGUUGACGCACUUAACGUCUUUGAGAACGAUGCCGACACCGACGGUAUUAUUGUCAUUGGAGAAAUUGGAGGUACCGCUGAAAUGGAUGCUGCAGACUGGAUCAAAGAUUACUGCAAGAGGACGACGAACCCUAAACCGAUCAUGGCUUUAGUGGGAGGUUUGGAGGCACCUGCGGGCAGAGUUAUGGGACAUGCUGGGGCAUGGGUUGCACCUGGAGAACCUAGUGCCAAAGCCAAGUAUGAGGCGCUUCAGAAGGCUGGAGCGACUCUUGCGAGUCAUCCAGAGAAGCUGGGUUCGGGAAUGAGGACCCUUUUGGAGAAGACGGGACGUCUUUCGAAUGUCUCUACACACGCAAAACUAGUCAGUCAGCGAAGAGGAUUCCAUACGUUCAGAAGAAUCAAAACACUCGAAACCAAACCAACACUACAUCGUUUUCUCCACAUCAAGCAGCACCAGGCGUUUAUUAUGCUUGAAGGAUUGAAUAUUCAAGCAGAAACGAGAACUUCCUCACCAGAAGACUUCUACCUAUCAAUUACCAUUGACCGAACAUCACGUUCACCAUGCAUUACUGUCUCCUCGGCCACCGAAUCUUCCGAACCAUCACUGAGAGUUCCAUUCAAUUACAUCGACCCCGAAUUCUCACAAAAUGCAAACAAUGCUAUUCAAAGUCAAAUCUUAUCUUUUCUUAAGCGCGAGGCGAUUUACCAAGAUGCCUUAGGAGAUUACAUUCGCAAGCUCUACACAAUAUUCACGACUAAUGAAGCGUUUGCCUUGGAGACGCGGGCUUCCUUUUCUAAACAGCGGGGGGUAGUGGCGCACGAGGCGAAAUUUGGAUUUGAUGACGCUGCUUACAGGAGCUCCGGUCGACAGGAGAGAGUACACAAACUUCGUGAUCUCAAGGCGGAGGUUUCUGAAGAAGUCAAAGCAGAAGAAAGUGGCAUAGUUUACGUAAAGCUCGAUGGCGAAGGAAGUAUCGGUACUUUAGUUAAUGGCGCCGGGCUUGCCAUGAACACCGUGGACGCUUUGAUCCUCAAAGGCGGCAAACCAGCCAAUUUUCUCGACACUGGCGGUAAAGCCACAUCAUUGACAGUCCGGAACUGUUUCAGCAUUUUGUGUGCCGAUCCUCGCGUGAAAACAAUCUUUGUCAAUAUCUUUGGUGGCUUGACAAGGUGCGACAUGAUUGCACAGGGCAUCAUUGAGGCAUUCCAAGAAUUGGACAUGAAAGUACCCGUUGUUGUGCGACUACGAGGCACCAAUGAGGAAAAGGGCCAAAAGAUGAUUGCCGAUAGUGGUCUCUCUUUGCAUGCGUUUGACAGUUUUGAAGAGGCGGCAGACAAGGCCAUUAGUCUUGUAAAAGAGGCUUCCAUAAGGCUGGACGAGUGA